CAACCCACGUAAACGUAAUUACAGACCUCAUCAAACCUUCCUACCUCUCCACCUAAUCGGUUCAAUUAAUGCUCUGGAGAGAUCCACCACCGACGUCCGCCGCCGCCACACCACACAAGGGAGGGGAGAUGUGGGACCCGGCCCUCUCUGACUUAUGUGGAGGAAAGCUGCAGGGCGGACUUUUAAGCUCCUACUGAACGUAUAAAGACCCAAUUGGGUCCUGUAUUCAUUCAUUCAUUCCUUCCUUCCUUCCUUCCUUCAUCCCAGAAUCCAGUAUAAAGGCCAAGUGCAAGAUCAGGUGGCAGACGACCGACUCGAAUUCUGAGAUGUCUGCUGCUGCUCAACCUCCCACAAUUCCUCUCCUCACUCCCUACAAAUUGGGAAACUUCAAUCUUUCUCAUAGAAUUGUUUUAGCACCAUUGACCAGACAGAGAUCAUACAACAAUGUUCCUCAACCACAUGCUAUCUUAUAUUACUCUCAGAGAACCUCGAACGGGGGUCUUCUUAUAGCGGAAGCCACUGGAGUUUCCGACACAGCUCAAGGGUACCCCAACACACCUGGUAUAUGGACAAAGGAGCAAGUUGAAGCCUGGAAACCCAUUGUUGAUGCUGUUCAUGCUAAAGGUGGCAUCUUCUUCUGUCAGAUUUGGCAUGUUGGAAGGGUUUCUAAUAGCGGUUAUCAACCAAAUGGGCAAGCUCCAAUAUCUUCUACUGACAAGCCGAUACGAUUAAAUGGCAUUGAUGCUUCUGAAUUCACACCUCCAAGACGAUUAAGGACAGAUGAAAUUCCACAAAUUGUCAAUGAUUUUAGACUUGCUGCAAGGAAUUCUAUUGAAGCUGGCUUCGAUGGAGUUGAAAUUCAUGGGGCGCAUGGCUACCUUCUUGAUCAGUUUCUGAAAGAUCAUGUGAAUGAUCGAACAGACCAAUAUGGUGGAUCUCUAGAGAAUCGUUGCCGCUUUCCUCUGGAAGUUGUUGAAGCUGUCGCUAACGAAAUAGGAGCAGAUAAAGUUGGAAUUAGAUUAUCUCCAUUUGCUGACUAUAUGGACUCAGGGGAUUCAAAUCCAAAAGAACUAGGCCUCUAUAUGGCCAAUGCCUUGAACAAAUAUGGAAUUGUGUACUGCCACAUGGUUGAGCCGAGGAUGAAGACAGUUGGAGAAAAAGCUGAAACCCACCAUAGUCUUCUUCCCAUGAGAAAGGCUUUCCAUGGUACCUUCAUUGCUGGUGGUGGUUAUGACAGGGAAGAUGGAAACAGUGCUGUGGCGGAGGGCCGUGCAGAUCUUAUUGCUUAUGGCCGUAUUUUCUUGGCGAAUCCGGAUUUGCCAAAGAGAUUUGAACUUAAUGCUCCUCUAAACAAGUACAACAGAGAGACAUUCUACAUACCUGAUCCCGUGAUUGGCUACACUGAUUAUCCAUUUCUUGAAGCCACCACUUAAGUUUACCGCAAAGAUGGAAGCUUGAACACUAGGGUUCCUUUGAUUCAUCCAAUUGAGUCUGUACUAUCUUAGAUGGGUUGUUUUCAACUAUAUUGUAUUGUACUGUUGUAUCUUAUUGCAUUAUCUAGUAUUGUAAUGUCCAAUGUUUGGGAGGGUUCCGGACUUAGAGGCCGGAAAAGUUAUACUUUCUGUUCAAUGUUGACCGUAUAAUGGCCGGAAUGAAUAAGUAACAUUUGUGAAAGAGGAAACUCAA